CAGUCUGAAGUUGGUUGCAGUUUUUUCAUCUCACCCUAUACAUAAAAAUUUAAAAAUGUAUGCUCUUGGCCCUCAGACAUGCUAGGACAUGCAAUUUUCAUGUUAAAGAAGAUGACACAUGUUAUGACAUUUUUAAUUACCUCCUCCCCUUUUUGGGCCACCGAACAACAAUAACAAGGUAAAGCUUAAUGUUACAAAACAAUGAAAUUCAAUUAUUUUACAACUCUCUCUCUCCUUUCCACCGCUUGCCUCUGUGGGGGAAAAAGGCAGAAAAUAAUUUCAAAUCAUUUCGAAAACAAUUUCAUCAGUUGCCACUGGUCCGCACUGCAAACAUGAAUUGCCAGCAAUAUGUUCGCAAGACAUUGGGUGAAUCGAGCAUUCACGGUUUCCCGUACUUGGUCAAACGUGAGCUGCACUGGAUGGAAAAGUUAUUUUGGAUUUUAAUGAUAUCGCUGGCCGCCUAUACCUCCAUUGAUAUUUGCCUGAAUCAAUGGAAACGUUUUCGCGACAAUCCCAUUGUUUAUGCCAUGGAACUGGCAUGGGGUAAAUCGAAUUUCCCUUUUGUGGGUAUAACGUUGUGCUCCGAUUAUGUGGAUAAGCAUGAAUUCGAACACAUCAUUGAGGAUAUGUGGCAUGUCGGGCGGGAGGACAAUCAAACGGCCUUCCAGUACUAUUGGGAUUUUUUGAAGGUUUUGAAUGCCUUGCAUAUUGCAAAUUUGGCGAAUUUGAGACCAUAUGAAAAUGAUUCGCGUUUGAACGAUUUGAAUUUUUUGCAAAUGUUGAUAAGGAUGCGCCAAAAGGUUUUGCCGGAAAAGGUCUUGGCCGACAGUGACGAACCGCACACCACAACGGAUUUGGAAAUUCGAGAAAUGGCCUAUGCGGCGGCAAUAACUGAGGCCGGUCUGUGCCGGUCUACAUCGCAGUUGACGAAAUAUACAAAUCCUUUUGGAGAUUUAAAACCUCUAAAAGUUUCAAAACGUCGUUACUGUGACAUUAUGAACGAAUGCAACACGAAGAUAUAUCCCAAGGUAUCGGAUGAUUUAAAUUUGUUUAUUUAUCUGCACAGUGUGGAAGAAAUAUUGGUGCCUUUGGAUCCGGGAACAAUACUGAGGCGUGCCAGCAUGGAUGGGUCCUUGACCGUAGAAUUGCUACUCUCGUUGACUACGGCAGAGACGGAAGUACGUAAUCUGCCCAUAGCCUAUCGGAAAUGUCGUUAUAAGGAUGAAAACAUAUUGAAAUACUUUGGGGUCUACCGCCCUGGCCUGUGUCGCAUUGAGUGCCGCAUCAAUGCCGCCUUCAAGAAAUGUGGCUGCAAACCAUACUUCUAUGUUGUGGCACCACACAUACCCAUCUGUGACAUCAAGGGCAUGCUGUGUCUGAACAAAGAAAAUUGGCCCCAUUCGGUGCAGUGCAACUGCCUCAAGCUGUGCCAGGAGGCUCAGUAUAUUGGGGUGCAGACCACCUCGCAAAAGGAUGAUACUACGAAAUUCGAACGCACCAUAAUCGUAAAGCUUUUUUUGCCACGCAUGGCCAUGAAACGCCGUGUGGUGUUUAGUACCGAUCAGCUGAUAAUGUCCUUUGGCGGGGCAAUUGGUUUAUUUUUGGGUGCCAGUUUUAUUAGCAUCUAUGGCCUGGUGUUUGUCUUGAGCGAGUUUGUGUUCUCCAAUUGUGUGGCGUUGGUGAGGGGAGAGAAGAGGAAGAAAACAAGUAUGCAGCAAAUAGAGAAGAGAGUGGAGGAGGUUGGCCAUAUUACUACCGUGACGGUUGUUGGGCAGAGAAGAUAUUAAAUAACCCCCUCCCCACCCAAAUUCGUUGGAAGAAAAUUAAAUUUAGAAAGAAAAAAAAAUUAAAAAUAAAUAUUGCCUACAUUUAGGGAUGGAAAUAUUUAACACCACACAUUAAAGCAUACUUUGAGGCUCCAAGAGCAUAAAAAUAAAUAUUCGAUUAUAGUUUAUUUAAAGCAUCUACUUUAAGGCUUCGA